AACCAUGGCCAACAAGUACAGUUUGAAAUGGAACUCUCACCACGACGACACAUUUCACACUCUCCAGAGCCUCAAGGACCGAGAGAUGUUCGUGGACGUGACGCUGUCGUGCAACGGGCAGCUGUUGAAGGCGCACAAGAUAGUGCUGUGCGCGUCGAGCAGCUACUUCGAGCGGAUACUCUUUCGGGAUGGGGGGGGGCACCCCGUCGUGCACUUUUACGGGGUGGAGCCGGGGAUCUUGCAGAUGUUGCUGAGUUUCAUGUAUUCGGGGCAAGUGGAGGUCCCCUCUGCCGACCUGGAGAAACUCAUCAACUUGGCGGACAACCUGGAAGUGAAAGGUCUGAAAGCGGAGAAGUCCAAGGCGGGGAAGCCCGACGUCCCGGCGGCGCUGGACGGUUCGUUCGACGCGGGGAAACACAAGUUGGCUUCGUCCGCCUUCGAGAAUCCGAAUAUUCCUCAGAAGGUGCCGAGAUUGAAUUCGGCGUUGGGGGCGGUGGCGUCGUCGUCGUCGUCGGGUGGUCUUGGAAAUGCGUCGCCGAAGUUUGAG